GCGGGGCCGCCGCCGCUGUCCGGGGUCUCGCCGUCCGGCCGGCGAUGGGGGAAGCCGGGCCGGGGCCGGGCCCGGGACCAAAGGAGACGCCGGAGCCGGAGGAGGACGAGGCGGCGGCGUCGGGCGGCCCGCGGGGGAGCCGGAGCGGGCCCCGCGGCGGCAUCCGGGUGCUGAAGAGGAACGUGAAGCGCAACGGGAGCAGAAGCUGUUUGAACAGGAGUCGCUUUGGUUCCCGUGAGAGGGGCUGGCUGAAAGAAGACGUAAGACGAGGCUGCGUGUAUGUGCAUGGGCGAGAUUCUGUAGUUGCUGCUUCUUCAGACCUGCGCUUGGUCCUCUGCACAGUGGACACCCCAGCAUCUGAGAUCUGUGAUGGAGAAGAGAGGAAGAACCUUUUCUUGCAACUUCAUGGGGACCUGGUCAGGAGGCUGGAGCCCACAGAAAAACCCCUUCAGAUUGUGUAUGAUUACUUGACUCGUCUGGGUUUUGAUGAUCCUGUCAGAUUGCAAGAAGAGGCAGCAAACUCUGAUCUCAGCUGCAUGAUUCGGUUUUUCAGUGAAAAGCCAUGUCAAGUGGAGCAGUUAGAUCGCGUCCUGCUCUCCGGAGUCUAUAACGUACGCAAGGGCAAGACGCAGCUGCACAAGUGGGCAGAGCGUCUGGUGAUUCUCUGUGGCACGUGCCUCAUCGUGUCCUCUGUGAAAGACAGCCACACAGGGAAGAUGCACAUCUUGCCUCUCGUUGGAGGAAAGGUGGAGGAGCUGAAGCGCCGGCAGUACACGCUUGCUUUCACGUCUGCUGGGGCACAAGCUCAGACGUACCAUGUCUCCUUUGAAACGCUGGCAGAGUGCCAGAGGUGGCACCGACAAGCAUCCACGGUUGUGUCUAUGCGACUUGGCAUGGUUGAUCUUUCAUGCUACAGCCUUGAGGAACUACCUGAGCACCUCUUCUACAGUCAAGACAUCGUCUACCUCAACCUACGACACAAUUUUAUGAGACCAAGUGGAGCAGGGAGCCUUGACUCUCUUUGCAGAUUUUCUCAGUUGAAGAGCCUGAACCUGUCUCAUAAUAAACUGGGAGAGUUUCCUGUGUCAUUGUGUGAGAUCUCUACUCUGGCAGAGCUUAAUGUUUCCUGUAAUGGACUCCACCACUUGCCGAGCCAGAUUGGCAAACUGUUGAAUCUCCAGACCUUCUGGCUUGAUGGGAAUUUCCUUACGUCCUUACCAGAAGAGCUGCAAAGUCUGCAGCAGCUCAGCUGUCUUGGGCUUUCGUUCAAUAACUUCUGUGAACUGCCAGCAAUUUGUGAGAAACUUGUCCUCCUAGACAGAUUAGCCCUGGCUGGGAACUCAAUAGAGACCCUGGACCUUGCAGUGCUGAACCGUAUGAGUCACAUCAAAAGUGUGGACCUAAGGCUGAACAACCUGAAGAGAGCAUCAGCUGACACUGUGGAGGGCAACAAAUCUGUAACUUACAUGGAUUUACGAGACAAUCAGAUGACUGAUCUGGAUCUGAGCUCCUUGGGCAGCCUGGAGCAGCUGCACUGUGAGAGGAAUAAGCUGAAAGAGUUGACACUGAGUGGCUUCUCCCUUCGGGCCCUCUAUGCCAACAGCAACUGUCUAACAGCUGUCAAUAUUUAUCCGGUUCCUGGUCAACUGACUUGUCUAGAACUCUCUCACAAUCAACUUCAGUGUGUCCCAGACUGGGCCUGUGAAGCAAAGAAACUAGAAGUUUUGGACAUGAGCUACAACCUUCUUGUGGAUCUUCCAUCAAGAAUCCUCAGCAGCUUGAGCCUUCAGAAGUUGAUAGUGGGGCACAACCGUCUGCAGAGCCUUCCUCCUCUUCUAGAACACAUUCCACUGGAAGUGCUGGACCUUCAGCACAACCUGUUGACUAAACUGCCGGAGACGCUCUUUGUCAAGGCGCUGAACCUCAGGUACCUGAAUGCAUCUGCAAACAGCCUGGAGUCCUUGCCCUCUGCAUGUACAGGGGAGGAGAGUCUGAGCAUGCUGCAGCUGCUUUACUUGACCAAUAAUAACCUCACAGAUCAAUGCAUCCCUGUCUUGGUGGGACACCCAAGCCUACGGAUCCUGCACCUGGCAAACAACAACCUACAGACCUUCCCUGCAAGCAAACUUAGUAAACUGGAGCACUUGGAAGAGCUCAAUCUGAGUGGCAACAAACUGAAAACGAUUCCCACAACAGUGGCAAACUGCAAGCUACUUCACACACUUAUUGCACACUCAAAUGAAAUCAGCAUCUUUCCAGAGAUCCUGCAUCUGCCCCGAAUUCAGUUUGUGGACUUGAGCUGCAAUGAGUUAACUGAAAUCCUCAUUCCUGAGGCACUGCCAGGUGCCUUGCAAGAGUUGGACUUGAGUGGAAACACAAAUCUGGUGCUAGAGCACAAGACACUGGACAUCUUCAGUCACAUUACCACACUGAAGAUUGAUGCUAAGCCCUCCCUCACAGCAGAUGCAGCACUCACUUCUACCUUCUGGAGUCAUGGAGUGGCUGAGAUGGCAGGUCAAAGAAAUAAGCUGUGUGUGUCAUCCCUGGCACUGGGGAGCUUUGCAGAGGGGAUGGAGGCUGUGUAUGGCAUGUUUGAUGGUGACAAGAAUGAGGAGCUGCCACGCUUGCUGCAGUGCACCAUGGCUGAUGUGCUCCUGGAGGAGGUACAGCAGUCAGACACCAUGUUCAUGUCCAACACCUUCUUGGUCUCCCACAGGAAGCUGGGCAUGGCUGGGCAGAAGCUGGGAUCCUCUGCUGUCCUCUGCUAUAUUCGUCACGAUGCAGCUGAUCCAGCCAGCAACUUUUCUCUGACGGUGGCCAAUGUGGGGACGUGCCAAGCCAUUCUGUGCCGAAGUGGAAAACCACUGCCUCUCUCCAAAGUCUUCAGCCUUGAACAAUGUUCAGAAGAAGCCAAGAGAGUCAAGGAGCAAAAAGCCAUUAUAACAGAGGACAAUAAGGUGAAUGGUGUGACUUGCUGUACUCGGAUGCUGGGCUGCACAUACUUGCAUCCCUGGAUCCUGCCCAAACCACAUGUCAGUUCCAUUCCCCUGACUGUACAAGAUGAGCUGCUACUUCUAGGGAACAGAGCUCUCUGGGAGCACCUUUCCUAUGCAGAGGCUGUCUCAGCCGUGCGCCACCUACAUGACCCACUGGCUGCUGCGAAGAAACUCUGCACUUUAGCCCAAAGCUAUGGUUGCCAAGAUAAUGUAGGUGCAGUCGUGGUGUGUCUGAACAUCAGCGAUGACAGCUGCACAUGUGAGAUGCAUGGCCUCACCCUGCCAGGUUCUGGGGGAUUUAGUUCCACCACCACCAAGCCAGCAACACCUUCAUCAAGCAGUGGAAUUGCUUCAGAGUUCAACAGUGAAUUGUCUGCUUCUGAGGUUAGCAGUGAGGUGGGUUCUACCGCUUCAGAUGAACACAGUGCUGUUGGUCUUGAUGGCAGUUUGCUACCACGACAAGAGCGACGUUGCAGCCUACAUCCUGUGCCCCCUUCAAGCAUCUUUCAGCGCCAACCUUCUAGUGCCACCUUCUCAAGCAACCAGUCUGAUAAUGGUUUAGAUAGUGAUGAUGAGCAGCCUGUGCAAGGUGUGAUGACAAAUGGCAGUAAGGUGGAGGUAGAGGUGGAUAUCCACUGCUGCAAAGGAAAGGGCCUGGAGUCUGAACCUCCUUCUGCGGAGUACAGCUCCUCUGCUCCGGAGCCAGAGGAUGACUCCAGGCUUGUCCUUGUCAUUCGGAGACAGAAUAGUGUAAACAGCAACACUGUGCAGAGAGUGGUCAAGGAAAAGUGUGAACUGCAAAAAUCUCUUUCCACAUGCUGUCUCUAUGGAAAGAAGCUUUCCAACGGCUCCAUCGUGCCCUUGGAGGAGAGCCUCAACCUCAUUGAAGUAGCCACAGAGGCACCCAAGAAGAAGACAGGCUAUUUUGCUGCUCCAUCCCAGAUGGAGCCAGAAGAUCAGUUUGUGGUGCCACCUGAUCUGGAGGAGGAAGUGAAGGAACAAAUGAAGCAGCACCAGGAGAGUGGAGCAGACCAGGAACAGAAAGAGGAACAUGCAGUGACUUUGCCAGAGGAGUUUGACACAGCUUUGUAACCCUAAAAGUACUGCUCCCAGAUUGUCUGUCCCAGGAAGUUCUGACCCAUAAGGGCUGUCUUGCCCUCCAAGGGAAGCUGGGAUCUGCAAGGAGUAGAGGCAUCUGCUGCUUCCUUAACGGAGCUGAGGAAAAAUUGAGUGUGCUAAGGCCUGGGCUGUCCACUUUUAACUGUAGUGUCUCAGUUGUUCUGUGAGCACUCAGACCAGUAGCUGAGCUCUGUGUUAGAGACUGUCUGGAAAUUGUGCAGGCACUAGGAAAUGGGCAGGUGUUCCAACACCUGUGUGUAGCUCCUUGAACCCUGAGGUUCUGCCAGCUCUGCAGGAAAGGAGCUGGCCUAUGUGUGUAGGGGGUGAGUGGGCUGCUGAAGGAGCAAUGUUCAGUGUUUGAAGUUCUGUGAAUAUUUCUGAUGCAGCCCUCUCGCCCCCCCCCAGCAUCUGACAUUGUUAUUCCUUGAAAGAAUACAGCCAGUUGCAAUGAAGCUGACCCAAGAAUGGUUUCCUACAUUAAUUGCAAGCACUUUUAUUGAUUGCACUUACACUGUUCUGCUCCCCUUCAGCCCAGCACUUUAUUAUUUAGGGUUAGGGGAGAGAGCACUCCACGGCAGGUGUGGUGAGGGCUUCUCCCAGUGGGUAUUGUUAGGGCAGUAUCAGGGUAUCUAUGUUCUGAUGAGCAUUGUUGCAGGGUAGAGUGAGGAUUAUGAUGCAAUCAGCCUAUGCAGGAUGAGAAAAUACACAGCUGGGUGAUAAGAAGAUGCCUAUUGAUGCAUUUUACAUGGAGCAUAGUUCUGGACUGGCUGAGUUAGGUCGUGUGUAGAGCUAGCUCUUCUAGCUGCAGAGCACAGACCCAGCUCAGCAGCAAUUUGCCACCUCCAUUGUGGACGCUUCACAGUAAAGGCUUCCUGUGUCCAGAAGACAUGAAAUGAAACCAGGAGCUCAUGGUUGUUUCAGUGAGGUACUCAGCCUAGGAGGAAACCAGGGUGUAAGCAGUGGUAUGCUCUAAGGCUAGUGAGCAGUGGGGCUAUCCUUCAAAUGCUGGGCAAGUCUUUAGUGCUCUCACCAACAUAAACCUGUUCACUGUCUGUCAGCUACAGCACCUUUGCUUUGCCUCUGAAAACAGGAGUUCUAUUCCAAAUCCACAGCAACCUGCAUUUCACAGUACAUGCCAAAUUUGGCCACAGACAAGGUGGAAGUGUUCUUGUUUCUGCUCAGUUUUCAAUGCAAAAGCAAAAAUAGAACCUUUCACUGUAAUGACAUCUCUACCAGCACUGGGCAGUGUUUAAAACAGUCCCACCAGUGGUGUGCUGGCUGGCCUGUACUCAGCAGAUGCAUUGUUUCCAUUAGGAUUUUUGGUGCAGGGCUAUAAGUCAGCUGCCUAUGUCAUCAUCUUGUGUAAGGCCAUUAAAAGACCACUGCUCCUGUAGCAUGCAGGUCUGUCAUCCUUACCUGGCAGAGAGCUGGAGAGCAGCUGUCCCCAUCGUGUCAGUGGUGCAGUAAUCCUGGCUGUAAUGUGGGCUAGUGCCUUUUCUUCUUUAUUAUAUUUAUGAAGAAAACUUGGAAGUUUUUUUCUGAAGAGCUCUGAAGAGCUUGAGUUGUAUAUUUUUGGAUCAAAUUCAGGCCUUGUUCAGAAGGAAAUAGUGCAAGACUACUUGUGGGAUUCUGUCAAUACAGAUCUUUUGACAAAAUCUAAUGGAAUUCUACUGAGAUUUCAAAGCACCUUGAAUUCUUUCUCACUAUGAAAAACAUAUUUUUACCAUGCACCAGAGGACAGUGGUUUAGGAUGUACCUUGUGCUAGUCACAAUGUAAUCAUGAAGCAACCCAACUUUUCCCAGGGUUUAAACUCACCGAUUCUGUUCAAAUACUUGUUUCAUUUGGAAAUGGAGAGAAAAGCUAAUUCUUAGAAUCACAAACCCCCAGCAUCAUUGUAAUCCCUUAGGCAGAGAGACAACAGCAGAAAAGACUCAAAAACUAAACACCAAACCUCUUUCAUGUUCUCUUCAUGUGAAGUAUGCAGAAAAGGAUCAUCCCAGUGUACUUUACUGUGACUUUUAAUUCUGCCACUACUGAUAACUUCACUAAGUAUCUGUGUCCAAGCCAAGUUUCUGAUACCUGACAGAGCUGCAAAGCAGCUUCUGUCCAGUGUGGGAUGAUGCAGGAAUGCACUCUUCUUUUUGAGUAAGACUAUACCAGAGCUUGCACUAGGAGAGUUUCCUGCACUGAUGUGAACCAGUAGCAUUGCUUGGAGAGUUGGCAGUGCUACAGAGAGAUAAUAAUGAAUAGUUCUGCCUAGCUCAGUGGGGAAGGACUGAGUGAAAUAAACUCCACAGGGGGAGCAUUCAAAUUUCCAAGCUGCUCCUCUUAACAGUAACAGCAGAAUGGAAUGUGAGGAAUUCCUACUCAGCCUUCUUCUCCAGUGCUGUUUCUGGUUUUGAAGCAGAAAGGGAGUUUAAUACAGCCAGCUCCUACUGUCCAUGGGUGUGAACUGUCAGGGCAGAACACACCUUGUUCUCUUACGCUAGGUAGAGUCCAUGGCUUUCUGUGCAACUGAUGUUAUGAACUCUUGUCUUACUCUAGGCGGCACAGCCUGAGAGCUUCCUCCAACACCACCUUUUGGUUUUCUGCCUUCCUAGAGGCAGCAAGCUUCUUUGUCUUCCUCACUUUACUAAUUAACACCACCUUAGAUUUCAAGCUCCGUAGGAGCACUGCUAUAUGUAGAAGAGGCAUGAAUGGAGAAGUCUAGAGAAGGACUCAUAGCAGGGGAUAGAAAGUGUUUUCCCCAUUUUCUUCCUGUCCUCCAUCCUGCUCCCUGAUUUUUCUAUGUGGUUCUUGCACAGAUGCAUCCUUGCCACAAAGCAACAUCACUAAGAAUGUCCCAGUCUUUAACAGACUUGCUGUUAGAAAGAGGUUCUCAGCUUAGGGUCAUCAGGCUAUCUUGUCCCUGCUGAGUAAUGCCAGACCUGCCAUGCUCUUUGCAGACACAGUGAAGUCAGGCUGGUGAGUUGGUUUGUCUUCAGUAAUUCUGUCUCUUCUGGCAACCGUGCUUGCUAAGAGCAGGUGCUCUAAGGGCACUGACUGGUCUGGCCUGGCCUGGCCAGAAAGGCACCCAUAAAGGUUACACUCUAUGAUAAAUAGUAGGGAGCCCAAGUACUGAGGAUAAGGGAUAGCCUCUAAGACUGCCAGCACCAGGAACAAGCCUGGUGAAAGCAGCACCACGGUCUGCUGGGACCUGAUCAGAAUCUGCAACUAAAGGGGAAGGUAAAAUCCCAUUCCAAGGAGCAAGUGUUUCCCUUUCUUGGGAUGGGGCAGCUGUUAGGUCCUUGGACUCCAGGAGUUUCUGCACUCCUUCCAGAUGGUGGUGGCUUUCUUGUCACUUGCCAAAGGCCUUCAGGCAAGAGGUUCACCUCUUUGGUUUCAUGCAGUCGUCAUCUGCUGUUCCAUUGCUGUCUGCAGACUCCAGUGUAUUUUUUCCUCUUUUCCACAUUUUAAAGUGUUACCUUUUUUUAACUUGACUCAUAUGACCCAGCGCAUGUUAAACCAAUACUGCAGUGCACCAACUGUUUACUAAAUGAUCUUUUCUUCAUGUUUUCUUUUAAGGAGGAUAUUUUCUGUAUCCCGCUCUAGCAUGCACCUGUAACAACCCCUGGUUUUAUUGUGUAUGGGAGUAGGUUGUCCAGUGAAUGCACCUUCAGCACUCUGGCCUAUGUUUGUAUUGCUUUGGAGAGGCAAAUAACGUAUAAGAUUGCUGGAAAACACUAUUCCAUUGAUUCUUUAUUCAGAUGUAUAGAGCAGUCCAGGAAGGAAGAAUAUUUUUGCAUCAACUUUUCAGCUGACUUAGCAAUAAAGAUUUUUACUUUCAUCUA